UCCCUAAAUCUGUAAAGCUGUAGAACAGCUACCUGUAAACAGAAAAAGCUUCUGUAGAUGGGCAUGUUGAUACAACUGACAGCUGGAUCUCUUGCUGGACCUUUGACCAGAGUUACCAUUGCAAAAGAUAAGGAUGGAAAACAGAAAUCAUAUGGCUUUGUUUGCUAUAAGCACAGAGAGGCUGUGCCUUACGCCAUAGCUUUGCUGAAUGGAAUCCGUUUGUACGGAAGACCAAUCAAGCUCCAGUACAGAUUUGGCAGCUCCCAUACAUCUGAUGCAGGUAGUUCUUUCCCAGGAUCAGAUAACAGCCCAUGCAGAACUCCUCAAGGCAGUUGUAGGAAUGAUGGUUAUCCUGAGGUUUCUCUGUUCCCAACUCCUCCGUUCACAGCCAACACCUGUGUAUCACAAGAGUACUUCUACUGGCAGCAUAUGGCAUCAGGUUAUGCAGCCCAGCAGUGUUCCUUGGAUUCUCAUAUGGCUCAGCAGCAGUAUUACCUCACUAAUGCAGUGACCCAGCAAGCCACAAUGAUGCCCAUGCCUGUGUUCCAAAGUGCCGUGCAGGACAUCAGAGCUGGCCCCAGUUAUGUUAUCUGGGAGAACCUACAGCAUAAGGGAAAUGAAAUGAAGCAAAAUGAAGGACAGUUGGAAAACGACAGUGACAGAAGUAGAGAGAGACGUCAUAAAAAGACUCGUGUUUCCAAACACGAAUACAGAAAGCAUAAGACCAAGCAGAAAUCAAGCUGAUCUGUUUGGAUUUGCAACUCUGUCUUUAAACACUGCACCUUAUUUUGUAAGGCAUAUGAAAUCUUUAAUGAAUGCACUGUUGUAAUGAAUGAUAUCAAGUUAGACAGCUUGCACAAAGCCAAGUUCAAAAAAUAUUAUUUCUUUUUUUAAUGUCUUCUUUGACUAACAAAAUGCUUAGAGACCCUGCUUGUAAAUGCAUUUACACCUUUACAUGUCAGCAUGCAAGUGUUUCAAAUGGGUGAAUGGGUUAUCAUCUGUUGUUUAUUUUUCUAUAUAGAUGACGUUAGUAGGGUGAAUUGUAAUGUUUCACUUUAUUAUUCUUGUAACUCUAUACUUAAGUACAAAUAUACUGUUUUAUAUGAUCGCAUCCCAUAUUGAUGGUUUGUUACAUUUUGGCAUUUAAAGAACAUUUGUUUAUAAGAUUUAUUUUUAAAAAAUGUGAAAUUAAUUCAUACAGAUUUGUUUGACCGAUUUGAGGGGAAUACUGUUUUGUCAGUAAAACAUUCUGUAAAUAAGUUGUUUGUAAUUUGGUGUUACUGGGCAGCAAAUCUAAAGAGAGAGAGAGAGACUGUAGAACAGUAUCUCUGCACAAUAUGCAGGGUGGGGCACAAUGGAUGUAGGAUUCAAUAGAACAGUUGGAUCUGGACCAAUGGCCCUUUAUCCUCAAAGUAUAAAUGAUUAACUUCAUAAAUCCUUUCUAAUCACAUACAUUGUACUGUCAUUCAGUAGAAGAAAACUAAUUUCCUUGGACUAUGUUAUACAAUUUUUUACAGGAUGCUAUUAUGACUGGGAAUAAUUUGUUGCUACUUGUAUUUUAGAAAUGCAGCUGGAGAGUAACAGAUGUAUGUUUUCAUAGACUUGUACACGUUGCAUUUAGGCUAAGAGGGCCGGCAUACAGUGUAUCUAGUUGCAUAAUAUGUAUUGUCAUGGGAAGUGUUCAGGAGCAGGGUGCUAAGAAUGUGUUAUUUAA